AGGAUAGAAGAUAGGAGAGAACGGUGAAUGAGGACUUCCGUGCGGAGAGGCAUCUGUGACCGUUUCUCCUCGUCUGUAAGUCGGCGGGCUCCAGUAUCGCAGCUGAUGACUGUCCCUCAGGUGGCUGGACUGCAGGGCUGAGCGGGACAUUUUUUUUUUCGCUGAGGGGGGUGCCCCGGCUUGUAUGUUGGUCACUUGCAGUUGCACUCGCUCACAAGGACCAUGUGGUUCUCUCCAAGGAGAAGUCGUCUCCCCUCGCAGAACUGGCACAGUGCCCACGGUUGCACCAAUGUGUCCUUGUGGGUGUUGAGCUUUUGUUGGUGUUUUGUGGCUGUGAGAGGUCAGAACUACCACCCAACUGUAAACACGCAGUAUGGGAAACUCAGAGGGGUAAGGGUGCCCCUGCCCAGUGAGAUUCUGGGGCCCGUGGACCAGUAUCUGGGGGUCCCAUACGCCGCGUCCCCAGUGGGAGAAAAGCGCUUCAUGCCCCCGGAGCCCCCUUCCUCCUGGUCAGGGAUCAAGAACGCCACUCACUUUGCUCCAGUCUGCCCACAAAAUAUUCACAACGCUGUGCCAGAGAUCAUGAUGCCUGUAUGGUUCACCUUCAACCUUGAUAUAGUCACGACUUACAUACAGGAUCAACAUGAAGAUUGUCUUUAUCUCAACAUCUAUGUUCCAACUGAGGAUGUCAAAAGAAUAUCCAAGGAAUGUGCCAGGAAACCCAACAAGAAAAUGUGUAGAAAAGGAGGUAUGUAAAAAAAAAAAGAAAGCCAACACGGAACGAAAGAAAGGAAUUGAAAGAGUGAAAAGGGGAGGAGUGAUGGGUGCAUC